CUCACCAACUCUACCACGUGUAUUUUUGGAGGCGCCCGAACGAGCAUCUCCUCCCUUCCCCAACAGAACACCAUCCUAAAUCCCUACAGUUUUCAAAUUAUGUCCAUCCGAGAGGUGAGCUGUGCCUACCUAGCUUUAGGAAACAAAGUCUCAUGUCGCAUAGGCUACUCAUGUUUUCCCCGAUGAACAUGCAAAACAUUCGAACUCUUUGCUUGAUUGUUUGCAUGCUCUCUUACCUACUUGUUGGAGCCGCUGUGUUCGACGCGCUUGAGUCUGAGACGGAAAGUUCCCGAAAGAAAAUGUUGGAGCUUAAACUGAACGAGUUGAAGAAAAAAUAUGGUUUCUCUGAUGAGGAAUACCGCGAAAUUGAAAAGGUGGUUUUACAAUGGGAGCCUCAUCGAGGAGGAAUACAAUGGAAAUUCGCGGGCUCUUUCUACUUUGCAAUCACUGUUAUCACCACGAUAGGCUAUGGGCACGCUGCCCCUGGCACUGAUGCGGGUAAAGCUUUCUGCAUGUUCUACGCCGUCCUGGGCAUCCCGCUGACUCUGGUGAUGUUCCAGAGCCUGGGGGAGCGCAUGAACACCUGCACGCGCUACCUGCUCAGCCGGACCAAGCGCUGCCUGGGGCUUCGCCGCUCUGAGGUCUCCAUGGGCAACAUGGUGCUGAUGGGCUUCCUGUCGUGCCUGAGUGUGCUGUGCGUGGGUGCCGGUGCCUUCUCCUACUUCGAGGGCUGGAGCUUCUUCCAUGCCUACUACUAUUGUUUCAUCACGCUGACCACCAUCGGCUUCGGUGACUUUGUGGCGCUGCUCAAGCGCGAGGACUUGCAGACCAACACGGUCUACGUGGCAUUCAGCUUCCUCUACAUCCUGGUGGGGCUGACCGUGAUCGGGGCCUUCCUCAACCUGGUGGUGCUGAGGUUCCUCACCGUCAGCUCAGAGGGGCCGCUGCAGGCAGCAGCGGUGGAGGAGGCAGGAGAGGGAGGAGGAGGAGGAGGAGGAAGGCGGAGAGGGGAAGGGGGGAACAUGGGAAAGGAGGGAGGUGACCUGGAGAAGGGUCGGGGUGCUCUGGCUGCGGGACACAGGAAGGAGGAGGAGACAGAACAGGCGCCUCAACCGCCAGGUGCGGUGGAGAACGGAUCGUGCCGGAACAGCAGCCUGUCCUUGCCCGCCGACAGGGGCAGCAGCCGCGCCAACCUCAUCCCAUCCCCCGAGAACCCUCGAGGAUCAACCUUGAAGAGGAAGAAGAGGAUGACCCCGGCUCGGCCAUCACCGGCCCGUCUCCUCUCAUUCUGCUCGGCCGCCUGCUGUCAUCGCCAUGGUCAGACCGGGGAGAGAAGCCCACUGUCCUCCCAGCAUGAGCUGCAUAGUGGAGGAGGAGGAGGAGGAGGAGGAGGCCAUAUCAAUCCCGUCUUCUACAACUCUAUCUCCUACAGGGUGGACUCCCACGGCUCCUGGGCCUCCUCCUUCCCGAGUGGCUCCCUGUGCCUGCGGCAACACUGCACCCCCAUCCACACAUACGCACGCAGGAGGUCUGUCUAGCGGCAGGAGGUCUGCGGCAACGCAGGAGGUCUGUCUAGCGGCAGGAGGUCUGCGGCAACGCAGGAGGUCUGUCUAGCUGGACCAAACACAUGCCUUUCCUUUUCAUUCCCAUUCAUUUCAUUCAUUUAGCGAACUCUUCUAGUCAAAGUGACUUACAGAACAGAUGGGCAUUUUCAUGAGUAUGUCUGCUCUCUGGGUACUGAAUCCUUGUGUUUAGCCCUUUGCUCUGCGACUUGCUCCAAUAACAUGCUUGGCUACAGAAACUAUGUUCUAUAUGUGGUUUAUCAUGUUUAAGUCAUAUGACAUGACAUGAAAGAAACACUUGCUAUAGAUGAUGUAAUAUUGUACUUUUCACAUUUUGAAGAAGUUCCUUUUUUCUGUUUUACACACACAAUUGUAUAGAUUUGUACAGAUGUUUUGUACAUUGUGAGUAUUUAUGAUUAAAUUAUGGGUUAUGCAUUGUUUAGGUCUGGACAUGUCAUCAAGUUCAAGAUGCCUUAUCUGUACUGUUUCGUCAUUUGUUUUUCAUCAGAUCUCUAUCACGAGUCAGCACCCAAAUUUAGCCUGUUAAUGAGGACCACAGCCAUGAAUAAAGCCUUCUCAUCCAAUUAGAGGAUAUUUAAAUUAUAUCUUGUUUUAAAAUGAGAGGACGGGCAAGAGCAAAAGAGCUAAGAAUUAAACAUUUAUCUGGAUACUUUGAUGUUCACAGAAGACUUGGGGAAAAUGUUAGAAAAUGCAGCAGGGUGAUGGUAGUCUGAACUAUCUUCCAUUCCUUGUUUUCCAUAUUGUUUUGUUCAAUGUGCAGUUUGGGUGUUCCUGUUGGGUGUUUCAACAUUGCCUUUCUGGAUUUCUCACCGUUCCUCUUAUACCCAGACUCACUGAUGAAAGAGCGUACCUAAAAAGUAGUGAUUUCCCCAGCCACAGACUUCCAUUUUGUGUCUUAAAAUGAAUCACUUAAUAUUUAAUCAUCUAAUAUAUUGGCAGUUAUAUUAUAUUUAUGCAUGAAAGUUUCAUCCUCAUCAAAAGCAGUUUCCCUCCAAGUCAAAGUGAAUAUUUAAUGGGAUGCGGCAGACAAGAGCUACCCUGUGUCACUUUAAGCAAACUUCCUGUAUCUUUCUGUUCGGUAGACAUACACAUACAUUGCCCACAAAUCCACAGGGAGCAUAAUGCAUGCAUAAUGCCCCCUGCAAACUUUGAGCAAUGAGAAUAGAAAGUAGUUUUGAGUCCACUCUAACCAGUACUGCUGUGCCUCUUGCAGACCUCUAGGACUAAUAGACUAGGUGCACGACAGGCUCUUCCUGUAUGCUCAUUUAUUUCCGGUGGAGCGUUAACUGUGUUGUAACAGCAUCUUUUGUUAUAUUCUGCUCCUUACAUCUUCACACGACACACUGUGGUCAGUAAUAACAAUUUUAACACACGCAUAAAUCCUUCUUUAUCAUAACAUGCUCAUUCCCCAUUGCAACACCCAACCAGGUCCGUGUAGACUCUAAUUACAUUA